AAUAAAAGCAUAGUUAUUUAGUUAUUAAUUACCUUUUGUUUCGUUUAACACUCAUAAAUUUGUUGAAUGGCAGUUAUAUGAAAUUAAACUCGAGUGUACCGUAUACGUAUUAUUCGACAUUAAAAUUAAAACGUACAGUGUCAGAAAAAUAUGAAUCGUCAUCAAAAUACUGAUUCUAAAAAGGGAAGCGAGCCUCAAGUAGAAUUGGAAAGCCAAUUUAUCUUACGUUUACCACCGGAACCGGCGCGAGUUUUACGAGAAAUUUUACGAAGUGGUUUGCCUUUAAAAGAUAGGCUCAGCAUAAAAUUGGAAAAUGAUAUGCGUUAUGGAGAGGUUAGAUUUGACCACUGGUUACUUCAUACAAAGGUUGUUGACUUGCCAACCAUUGUGGAAUCUUUAAAAACCAUUGAUAAUAAAAGUUUUUACAAAACAGCUGACAUAUGUCAAAUGUUAAUUUGUAAAGAAGAAGAUGAUCAUACCACAACUGAUGAAGAAUCUCCAGUAAGACAGAAGAAGAAGGAUCCAAAUAAAGUAGACAAAAAAUUUUUGUGGCCUCAUGGAAUAACACCUCCUACUAAGAAUGUAAGGCGCAGAAGAUUUAGGAAAACCUUGAAAAAGAAAUAUGUAGAAGCUCCUGAAAUUGAGAAAGAAGUGAAGCGGUUAUUGAGAGUAGACAAUGAUGCCGUUAAUGUUAAAUGGGAAGUAAUAUGUGAAGAUGAAGAUCAGUCAAAACCAAGCAAAGUAUCAUCAUCUGGUACAGUAAAAACUAAGAGAGAAAGUAUGAAUGGCAACACUUCUCAAAGUCUUGAUGUUGCUGAACAUGACAUAUUUGGUGAGCCUGUGAGCGACAGUGAAGAUGAUGAUGAAGAAGCAAACAUAAAUGUUAUGGAAUUAGAUGAAAAUAGUAGACUUUCUGCUGACAGCAGAGUGUCUGAUUCUAAUUCUAUGCAAGCCACAUAUUCAGAAAGAUCGAAUAAUAAUACAAACACAAAUAGUAAUCUUGUUACAGAGUUUAGUAAAGAAAUGUUCCAGAAUGAUAAUAUCGAAACAGAAGGAGAGAAACCAGUAGAUACAACACCCACAAAAGUAUCAAAACUGGAGCAAUUCCAUUCGGAGUACAUUCUUCCAGACAAUUUCUCAGAAUCACUUUCUGCUCAAGCAUCAAAAGAUUCGCUACAAACACGUCUUGCGACACUGCACGCAGAAUUAGCUGAAUUGCGGCAACGAAGACAACAACAAGAACUUGAAAUUGCUAAUAUUGAAAAUGUUAAGUUAAGGCAGAGAUUUCAAGAAAUAUUGGAUAAUUUAUUGACGCAAGAAAUGCAGAAGGUCCAUGAGAUUCAAAAUUUGGAAUUGGAGUAAUAUUAAAUGAUGCGAUAUACUGUGAUCAAAACAUCUACUACAC